ACGAUUGAGAGGGGGCAACACUUCUGGUCGGAGGCUCAGUAGCGCAGGGUAGCCUAUUCAGAGGACCGAAGAGAAGUGGAGAGGACGAGUUCACGAAAGAGGGUGCCCCAUCCGUCACCCUAGCUGGAGGACUCCACACUCCAAAACUUAUGGCUGCUUGAGAAAAUAACGCAAUUUUCCCCUUUCUCUUUCUCUGGGACCUUUGGCUACUAGUUCUCCUAAUCAGAAGUUGUCACUUGUAUUUUGUUUAAGUUGAUCUCGAAAAUUAAAUUCAACUUUUUGCCGUGGACGUCACUGGCGACCAUGGAUACCCAUAUAAGAUGGAAAGUAAAACGGAGGAUAAAGGACGCGCAAAUCACUUUAGCGAUUCUUCUACUUUUUGUCACAUCGCAAGCCAGUUCAGCGGAGCCAGCGGACCUCUUGAAGAUAUUAGAUUUUCCCAGUUUACCUGAAGGUGUUACGAAAACGACAGGUUUCUGCGCGCAUCGGAGAUCCACUAAAGGAGCCGAUGUGGCAUACAGAGUAUCCAAAAAGGCCCAGCUCAGUGCCCCCACCAAACAGCUGUACCCUGCUGAUGUCUUCCCUGAGGACUUCUCCAUCCUGGCCACGGUGAAGCCUAAGAAAGGUUCUCAGUCCUUCCUGCUGUCUGUGUAUAAUGAGCAGGGCAUCCAGCAGCUGGGUAUGGAGGUGGGGCGCUCGCCUGUCUUCCUCUACGAGGACCACACGGGUAAACCCAGCCCUGAGGACUACCCCCUCUUCAGGGGACUCAACCUGGCUGACGGAAAGUGGCACAGAGUGGCCAUCAGUGUUCAUAAACAGACCAUCACCAUCAUCCUGGACUGUAAAAAGAAGACCACCCAGAAACUGUCUAGGAGCCCGCACCCCAUUGUCGACACAAAAGGAAUUGUGGUCUUCGGAACUAGAAUACUUGAUGAAGAAGUCUUUGAGGGUGACAUCCAGCAGCUGAUGAUUGUAGCAGACCACCGUGCUGCCUAUGACUACUGUGAGCACUACAGCCCCGACUGUGAGGUCCCUGUCCCUGAACAGCCCCAAGCCCAGGACCCAAACACAGACGAAUAUAACACAGAGGAGGACAGCUACUACUAUGAGUAUCCCUACUAUGACGACGUGGAUGGGAAGCCUUCUGAGACCGAGACCGAGACCGAGACCGAGACCGACGAAGCUGGACCUGCCACGGAAGACGUAACGGUGUCCGUGCCAGGGAGCGGCCGUGUCAUCACUUCUAUCAAGGAGGUGGCCUCAUCAGUCAAGGAGUCAGACAAUCAGGAAGCCGAAGGAAAAGUGUUGACCGCUAUUUCAACUGGCAGCUCCACAGCCGGAGCUGUCGCCUCUGCCGUCGGAGGCCGUGCUGCUGGUGAGGAGGCUAACGGAGAAGAGACCAGCCCUUACGACGGCUACGAUACGGAAAAUUACGGCAACUACGAGACAUACUACGACGAGUCAACCGCCGUGCCCGACGGCACUUCCAGAGUCACCAUAAGCUCCUCUAGCACAGGCAUGGGCGGUGGGGUAGAGCUGGGCCUGGGGAUUGGGUCAAAGAUUGACCUGAGCCCUGAUGGAGAGAUGUCGAGGGUCAUCUCAGGUGGCGGGAGAGUCACCAUCACACACAACAGGACCUCUGGUUCAACAGCCUACGAUGACAACUAUGGUGACGGCUAUGAUCUUUCCAUUGGUGAGGGAGAGGAGGACCAUGUUUACCAUGGCAGCAGAACAUCUAGCAGCAGCAGCACUUAUGAUAUCGGUGCUGGUGGUGGUUCUAUAUCAGUUGGGGGUGGUUCUGUUUCCAGUGGGGGCGGUUCUGUUUCCACUGGGGGUGGUUCUGUUUCCAGUGGGGGCGGUUCUGUUUCCAGUGGGGGUGGUUCUGUUUCCACUGGGGGUGGUUCUGUCUCCAGUGGGGGCGGUUCUGUUUCCAGUGGGGGCAGUUCUGCCUCUGUUGGAGGUGGUUCUGUUUCCAUUGGGGGCGGUUCUGUCUCUGUGGGUGGGGCUGCCGGAGGUGGGGGAGGGAGCGCAGGGGUGGGAGCUGGAGCUGGAGCUGGGGGCAAGGAUCUGACUUUUGACGGAGACUACACUGAUCUGGAGGAUAAUGGCUUCACGGAGGAGUCAAUCAAUGAGUACGACUAUGGUCUUGAGAACACGGAUGAGGACUACGGGAAGGUGCUGCCAGCUGCGACUGAUGAGUACUAUGGACCGGUUGAUGGUUCUCGAGGAGAGAAGGGACAGAAGGGAGAGCCUGCUGUCAUUGAGCCUGGAAUGCUGGUGGAGGGUCCCCCAGGUCCGGAAGGCCCAGCAGGUCUCCCAGGACCGGCUGGUCCCUCAGGUCCACCAGGCAGCCCUGGAGAGCCAGGAGAGAGGGGUCCUAAUGGUCGUGCCGGUCUUCCUGGUGCAGACGGUCUACCCGGACCCCCAGGGACAGUCCUUAUGCUUCCGUUCCGGUUUAGUUCUGGAGGAGAAUCUGGUCAGAAGGGACCUGCUGUGUCUGCUCAGGAGGCCCAGAUGCAAGCCAUCAUGCAACAGGCCAGGCUGGCGAUGCGUGGUCCUACUGGCCCUAUGGGUUUGACUGGAAGAACGGGUCCUCUGGGUCCUCCAGGUAUACCUGGACUGAAAGGAGAGUCUGGGGAGUCGGGUCCUCAGGGGCCCCGUGGACCCAUGGGUUCACAUGGACCACCUGGGAAGCCAGGAAGAAGGGGACGUGCUGGUUCUGAUGGAGCCAGAGGCAUGCCUGGUCAGACCGGACCCAAAGGAGACCGAGGGUUUGAUGGCUUGGCUGGACUUCCUGGUGAGAAGGGACACAGAGGUGAAGCCGGCCCCCACGGACCUCCAGGCCCAACAGGAGAGGAUGGAGAAAGGGGAGACGAUGGAGAGAUCGGGCCACGGGGUCUUCCUGGUGAGCCAGGACCUCGUGGCUUGCUGGGACCAAAGGGACCUCAGGGACCUCCCGGACCUCCUGGCGUGACUGGUAUGGAUGGCCACCCUGGACCCAAGGGAAACAUUGGACCCCAAGGAGAGCCUGGACCCAACGGACAACAGGGAAACCCCGGUGCUCAGGGACUUCCAGGUCCUCAGGGACCCAUCGGAUCCCCAGGGGAGAAGGGUCCUACUGGAAAACCCGGACUGCCGGGAAUGCCUGGAGCAGACGGUCCACCUGGUCACCCCGGAAAGGAAGGGCCCAGUGGAGAAAAAGGACAUAUGGGUCCUGCUGGCCCACAAGGCCCAAUUGGUUAUCCCGGCCCCCGAGGCGUGAAGGGAGCUGACGGUGUCCGAGGCCUGAAAGGAGGAAAGGGUGAAAAGGGAGAAGAUGGAUUCCCCGGGUUCAAGGGAGAUAUGGGAAUCAAGGGAGACAGGGGUGAGCUGGGACCCGCGGGACCCAGAGGAGAGGAUGGACCUGAAGGUCCAAAAGGUCGUUCUGGUCUCCCUGGAGAUCCAGGUCCCCUUGGACCCAGUGGUGAAAAGGGUAAACUGGGUGUUCCAGGGUUGCCCGGAUACCCAGGAAGACAAGGACCAAAGGGAUCUCAGGGAUUCCAAGGUUUCCCCGGAGCCAAUGGAGAGAAAGGAGCAAGGGGACUUGCAGGGAAGGCUGGCCCAAGAGGACAGAGGGGACCAACGGGACCUCGUGGAGAGAGGGGACCAAGGGGACCAACAGGAAAAGCUGGACCAAAGGGUACCUCAGGAAGUGAUGGCCCCCCAGGACCUCCUGGUGAGAGGGGUCUUCCAGGACCUCAGGGACCAACCGGAUUCCCCGGACCAAAGGGCCCAGUUGGACCCGCUGGUAAAGAAGGUCUGCCAGGACACCCUGGACAGAGAGGAGAGACUGGUUUCCAAGGCAAGACUGGCCCACCUGGACCUCCAGGAGUGGUUGGACCUCAGGGCCCCACCGGUGAAACCGGGCCAACGGGAGAGCGUGGCCACCCCGGACCCCCAGGCCCACCCGGUGAGCAGGGUCUACCUGGGGCUGCCGGCAAAGAGGGCGCUAAGGGUGACCCAGGUCCUGCCGGCCAGGUCGGAAAGGACGGCCCCCCCGGUCUGAGAGGUUUCCCUGGAGAGAGGGGUCUGCCCGGCCCGGUGGGGGCUCACGGCCUGAAAGGGAACGAAGGCCCGAAUGGCCCACCCGGACCUGCUGGUUCUCCUGGUGAACGUGGUCCUGCUGGUCCUGCUGGACCGACUGGCCUUCCUGGACGUCCAGGACCUCAAGGACCUCCGGGACCUGCUGGAGAGAAGGGUGGACCGGGAGAGAAAGGGCCUCAAGGCCCAGCUGGUAGAGACGGUGUCCAAGGACCUGUUGGUCUGCCCGGUCCCGCUGGGCCUCUUGGACCCCCAGGAGAGGACGGAGACAAGGGGGAGAUUGGAGAGCCAGGUCAGAAGGGAAGCAAAGGAGACAAAGGAGAGCAUGGCCCACCUGGUCCCACUGGUCCCCAAGGCCCGGUUGGAGCGCCUGGUCCUGCUGGAGCUGAUGGCGAACCCGGUCCAAGAGGUCAGCAGGGUCUGUUUGGUCAAAAGGGAGAUGAAGGAUCCAGAGGAUUCAACGGUCCCCCGGGCCCAGUGGGAUUGCAGGGUUUGCCUGGUCCGGCCGGCGAGAAAGGAGAAACGGGAGACGUUGGUCAGAUGGGUCCCCCCGGUCCCCCUGGCCCCAGAGGCCCUCUUGGCUCCCCAGGAGCUGACGGACCCCAGGGACCUCCUGGUGGUAUUGGAAACCCUGGUGCUGUUGGACAGAAGGGUGAUUCAGGGGAAAAUGGAGAGCCUGGUCUACAGGGAGAAGUUGGCGGACCUGGCCCAAGAGGAGAGCGAGGAGAGAAGGGAGAAGCUGGUCCUGCCGGUUCUGCUGGACCUCCUGGCCCCAAAGGUCCCCCUGGAGAUGACGGUCCUAAAGGAAGUCCUGGCCCGAGUGGUUUUCCUGGUGACCCUGGUCCUCCUGGUGAGAUCGGACCUGCUGGUUUAGACGGCCCUCCUGGCGACAAAGGAGACGACGGAGAGCCCGGUCAGCCUGGUUCUCCUGGACCCACUGGAGAGUCGGGUCCUUCUGGCCCGCCAGGAAAGAGAGGCCCACCUGGAGCCGCUGGACCAGAGGGCAGGCAAGGAGAGAAGGGAGCCAAGGGAGAGCCUGGUCUGGAGGGCCCACAGGGCAAGACAGGUCCAGUUGGUCCUCAGGGAGCACCAGGCAAGCAAGGUUCGGAAGGUCUCAGGGGUAUUCCCGGCCCAGUGGGUGAACAAGGACUUCCAGGUCCCUCAGGCCCCGACGGACCCCCUGGACCCAUGGGUCCUCCAGGAUUGCCUGGUUUGAAGGGAGACUCUGGUGUUAAGGGAGAAAAGGGUCACCCUGGUCUGAUUGGUCUGAUUGGACCCCCGGGGGAGCAGGGAGAGAAGGGAGACAGAGGACUUCCAGGCCCCCAGGGGACAGCAGGACCCAAAGGAGACACUGGUAUUGCUGGACCAGCAGGUCCUCUUGGUCCCAUUGGACCCCCAGGGCUACCUGGUCCUCCCGGUCCUAAAGGAGCCAAGGGAUCGUCGGGUCAAACUGGUCCUAAGGGAGAGACUGGUGUUCCUGGACAACCAGGGCCUCCUGGCCCCCCCGGUGACGUCAUCCACCCCCUGCCCAUGCAGUCCAGCCCCAAGCGUAGCCGCAGGAACAUCGAUGCCAGCCAGAUGAUGGACGAGGCCAACGCAGACGCCAACUACAAAGACUACGACGACGGCAUGGAGGAGAUCUUCGGAUCCCUCAACUCCCUAAAGCUGGAGAUCGAGCAGAUGAAGCACCCACUGGGAACGCAGAGCAACCCAGCCCGCACAUGCAAAGACCUGCAGCUCUGCCACCCUGACUUCCCUGAUGGGGAAUACUGGAUCGACCCCAACCAGGGUUGUUCUAGGGACUCGUUCAAGGUUCACUGCAACUUCACAGCAGGAGGAGAGAGCUGCAUCUUCCCUGAUAAGAAGGCUGAAGGGACUAGGCUCACAUCCUGGGCAAAGGAUAGUCCUGGCUCCUGGUUCAGUGAAUUCAAACGUGGUAAACUGCUGUCGUACGUGGACGCGGAGGGCAACCCCAUCGGCGUGGUCCAGAUGACCUUCCUGCGGUUGUUGAGUGCUUCCGCCCACCAGAAUUUCACCUACAACUGCUACCAGUCGGUGGCGUGGCAUGACCAGGAAGGGAACUCGUAUGAUAAGGCCAUCCGCUUCCUGGGGUCCAACGACGAGGAGAUGUCCUACGACAACAACCCCUACAUCAGGGCCGUGGUGGACGGCUGCGCGUUGAAAAAGGGCUAUGAAAAGACAGUACUGGAGAUCAACACACCAAAAGUGGAACAGGUGCCUUUUGUUGACAUAAUGUUCAACGAUUUUGGCGGAGCCACGCAGAAGUUUGGAUUCGAAGUGGGUCCUGUCUGUUUUGUCGGCUAAGACUUUACUGAACAAAAUGGAGAAAAGAAAAAGGCUUUUUUUUCUUUUCUUUCUCUCUCAGAAACAAAACACAUGAAAUGAAUAGGACAAUUUUUAUUUGUGUAAAGCAUUCUGUGUCCAAAAAGUAACAAGUACGAAUAAAAUUCACAAAAUUCAAGAUGACAAUAUCGCAGUACAUUUCUCUAGGAUUUCAUAGGAAUGAUCAAAAACAGCAACCUUGUAACCUCAGUGUGCCUUCUCCAUCACAUGCAAGUUUUGAAACUGGAUAAGUCAGAUACUACCAACCCUCUCCACACCCUGAUUCCCAGCCCCCGAUCCCAGACCACCACCCGCUCCCCAGUGCACUUGGUGUAGAUCCAGUCAGGUUGUCUUUUAGCUGGUCCCCCGCUCAUUUUCUUAGGUGACCAUGGACUACAUCUAAUGAGGCAAUUUGCUUAUUUGUUGUUGUUUUUGUCUGUUUUUGUUUCAUCUCCCUCUUAACUCCAACUCAGAGUACAUUCAUCGGUUCAUUCAUUCAUUUGAAAAGCUUUGUUUUGUGCAUAAUUAUCUCCCCAUUCUACUGAAUGGAGCUUAUAUAUAUAAAUAUAUAUAAAUAUUUUUUGUAUGUUUGUAAGUACUUUCUGUAUAUUUUUCCUGGUAAUGUUUAUUGAUUCUAGCUUCAAAACGUGCAUGUGACCAUUUAAAAUGAGAUGGUGGUUAUCGGAAUACAUCACAUUUGCAAAGUACUGAAUUGGACAUGUAAAUUGGACAUGUAAAUUGGACCUAGAUGAGGAGUGCUUGUUUUGUUGCUGCGUGUGAAGCACACCUUAUUGUAAUUUAAGAACCAAAUGAAAAUAAAAUACACAAGAAAGCUCUGCACUGCUAUGUGAGAGUUGAUUUGCAUAAAAGAAAAUGUGUCAAAAGAACAAAAAAAAUAACAUUCCUCCUCUUCUUGUGUCCUCCUGAACGAAGUGCCUAUUUUGGUGGCAUUUGGAGAUUUUAUUAACUUAAUAAACCGCUUUUUUAUCUUUUGUUUCCUCCAAUACUUCUUCAACACAUAUUUCUACUCUAUCAAACUAUAUAUAUAUGCAAUGGGAGAUCACAUUUUAGAGAAACACGAGAAAUCAAGACUUAGGUGCUAUUUUUCCUUCUGUGGUGCUAUGAUAUUUUCUACUUUGUUAUCAAUUUGAAAGUUCAGAUGGUGGUGAAGGUAUCCUGGGCCAUUCACUACCCUGUCUGUCCCUGACCCACUUAGCCAUGACCUCUGACACGUCUUCGCUGCAUUCUUAUUGAUGUCCAGAGGUCCAAGGGUGUUUUAAUGCAUGCCAGUUUGCGUCAUAUUCAUACAUAGGUCAAUUCAGUAUUUUCUUUUAUGUGUUUUUCUGCUUCCAAGGUCCACCUGGAAACAACCGUAGCAGUGUGUGAUCACGCUGCAAUUUAGCUGGAUUGUGCUAAUAGAAAUAAGAUUGUACUUGGUUUGCCGAAUGUGAUGCCGAAUGUGGUGCUAACUUUCUUAGAUUUCUUUACAAAGGAAGGGAAAUGGUAGAUGUCAUGCCGCCAUGGUUGGGUGUCAUUGUUCCAGGACGGUGCAUUAUUGGAAUGGAUCUCAGUGAUUAGUUUUAUGUGCAAUGGAUCAAUCUUUUUCCACUUUUUCAAGCUCUUUCCUGCUUUCUCCCCCCUUCCGCCCUCCCCCUUUUCCAAAGCACAUGGUCAAGGAACAGUUUGGAGUUUUGCUACCUGAAACCCUCCGUUGUCUUACCAAAGGUUAUAUGUAAAGCUUUAAGUCCCUACGUGGCAAGACGUCCACUAAGUAUUUCUAUGCCCACUAUUUGAAAACGUUGCAGAAUAUUUAUAUUCUUAUGACAUUCGGAUGUCAUAUCAUUAGUUGAUUAUCACUAAGUUAAUUAUCACUAAUAGUCCACCAGAUUAUCCAUUUAUCUAAAAGGAGGAAAAGCCAGAUGAAAACUUGAUUUUGUAUUGUUGUUUGGGUCAUCUGAUUUACCUGUUUCCCCUUUUUAGCCCUAGUUAUCCCCUUUGUACAAACUAUGCACUCUUUCUGCUUUUGACCACUACAGCAUCUACCACAGAACUUUUGACUGUCCUGUUGUGUUUUUUGUUUUUACCUUCUACAUAUGUGACUUGAACCUUUUCUGUUAAGAUUGCUCAAUAAACGUAUUGAUCGUCAGUUUUUAAUUUUCAUUUAGGUGAAUCAUGCCAAAUUUAACGUUUGCUCUCAAUAAAAGGACAAAACAUCUUUGUAAAUUUUCAGAACCAGCAGUAAUGCUGCCAAAAUAAAAGUUUUUUUUUGUUUUUGUUUUGUAUUUGUUUUUAUUGUUUUAUGUUUGUAUGUUUGUUUAUUUCGUUUGUUUGUUUUUACAGUCUUGUCAAACCUGUGUAAUAAAGGAUAGAAGAUAUAUUGGUUUUUAUGUCAAUAAAUUCAAGUUUACUGUGGCCACCCACUCUUGUAUGUCUUUUGAAGCAUUAAAACCUAUCUGUAUGCAUGAAA